AAUUUCUUCACUUGCAAAUUCUCUGUUUAAAAGGGAAGUUCACAGAUUCAGCAAAAAGAGAGAAUUUUCACAGAUUUCACCUCCUAAUCCUGUGACAGUGGCAUGAAACCAACUCUAGUGUUACUUUGAGCUCCCAGAAUUACAAAGAUGAAGGAGAAAAUCAGCAAUGACUUGUCUUACAUUAAGGCAGGUUAUCGCAGUGACAAAUGGAAGUGGGUGCUCAGUUUGUCGCAAAACAGUGCCUCUUUACCUGUUACCAAGACCAAGGUCAAAGCUCACACUACCCCGGAUGAAGACGUAGGUGGCACAGGGGAGGCUCCUGCAGAAGACGAACCUCCAGUACAAAAGGAAUCGCCACCAAAUUCUGAGAUAUCACAGCCCGAAGAAAAUGUGUCAGCCCCAGAACUCUUUAAAGAAGAGCAGAUUACUUUUGAACAUAUAAUGAAGACUUUUGGACUGGACAAGCCACCAAAGAAUCUCCCAUGCCCAAAGAAAUGUUCAAACAAUCCUUGGUGUUUGGCUGAACUGAAGUCGGGAGCAGGAAAGGAAAGAGCAAGACCCACAGACCAGCCGAGAGACCCCACUAAGCCAGUCGGUUUACAGAACACAGCCAAUACAUGUUGGAUUAAUUCAGCAUUACAGGCUUUGUUCCAUUUACCAAAGUUCAGAAAUGUGAUUAACAGCAUAGGGGGAUUUGCUGGGGAGGAAAGUCUUUCCACUAUGUUGUAUUUACUGCAGGCCAUCUUUGUGGAAAUGGAUACCCACCCAAACAAAGCAAUUGCAUGCAGUCCAGGAAGUUUGUUUGAAAAGAUUGGUAUGUUUGCUACACAAGAAAUAAUGCGUAAGGAUGCAGACCAUGAAGUGCUAAAAUGUGUAUCUGAAUUCUUAGAGAAUACUAUUGACACGCUUAUUGCAGACCCAAGGUUGGGACCAGAACUUAGUCCACUCUUCAGUACAUCUCUCAUGAGAUUAGCCAGAUGGAAAUGUCCAGUGUGUAAAAUAGACCAUGAAAGUCAGUUAGCACCGGCCACUUCCUACACAAUGGCAGCUUAUGUCAGUGCAGAUGAGUGUCCAUUGGACCAGUGCCUCGUAGAUUUACAAACAGAGACUCAGACUGGAGUCUCUUUAAUCUGUGGAUCAGAAUCCAGUGGAAGUGGUGGCUGUGGAGCCCAGGUCAAGGUUGACAGGGUUGUAACACCCAAGAUCCAAGGCCUGCCAACCAUCUUAGUCAUCAGAAACAACAGCCUUAUGGACCGAGACCUGAAGAGACGGCUGCACGUAGUCUACCCAGAAACACUUGACCUGACUUCACACACCCUAAGCCAUGUAGCGGCAACCUACACUCUCUCUGCUGUGAUCUUCCACCAUGGACAUUGGGUCAAACAUUUUUCAGCUCAUGUAAGAACAAAUGGGAACAAAUGGUACAACUUUAAUGAUGAACAAGUGUCUGAACUUACCAACCGAUCAACAACAGGGAACCCUUCAGAGAGUCAUCGAAAUUACUUCAGCAUUGCAAAUGUAGCAAACAAGUACAAACAUCGUCCAGGAUUAAGAGUGUCAAGGGGAUCCUUUGUGUGGGUUUAUGUGCUUAGUCCCACGGCUGAGGAAGAAACAGUGACAACACCACCUCCAGAGGCUGUUGUUGAGUAUGUUCUCAGAAAACAAGAAGAAAGCAUGACUGUCAAUCACCAACUACAAGCAGAGAUUAAGAGAGAAAAGGAAACUCUGCUAGGCCAGUUAGCAGUUACUGAUAUACUGGAAGAAUAUGAAUUGAUUUCAGAAUCUCUUUUAAGUGCCUGGUUCAACUGUGAUGAUUUAGAAUACAAGCCGCAGCCAUCAUUACUUGCUCAACCUCUCUGUGAACACAAGCUUUUCAGUCCACGAAAAUUUCACUUGCUGAAAUGUAUUCGAAAGGAAUCUCUGCAGUCUCUCCUGAGUGAUCGCUGUGGGGUCCACCAAGAUGAAGCUCUGAAGAAAUUAUCUUUGCCUAUUUCCAUGUCUCCUGAUAGUGGUUGCUGCAGACAGUGCCUAGCCAAAGCUGUGAAUCAUAUUUUGUUUAUAGAGAGAGUCAAAUCUCUGCAUAAGCAAGCCAAAAAAGAUGCUAGGAAGCCACAUGAUGGACCUACUGUCGUUCUUGGAUUAGAGACACUAGAGUAUUGGCCAAGAUUAGCAUUAAGUGCCUAUGUAAAGGAGAAUGGGAUUGACACAGAAGAGGAUGAUUCAGAAAACAAUUUAGACACAAGCAAGAAGACUGAUGACCUCACAAAAUCCAGUAGUAAUAGUGGUAGUGGUAGCAGUGGUGUGCAUGUGAAUGGUGACAAAUGUGAUAAUGGAGAGGUUAAGUCAGAAGUAGAAGAUAAGGAUGUUGCUUCCAGCUGUGAUACCUCAAGUUCAGUGCCUGAAAAUGAUGAUUUUGCCUGUGAUAAUCGGACAGGAAAUGCAGAAGCUGAAAGAGAUCAAGUAGAUGAUGACAAAAGCAAAUUGGAUGCCUGUAGUGAGGUGAAAGAUGCCUCAAGUAGUAAAGCAAAAGAUGCAAAGGAGACUGUCACCAAUGAACUCACUUUGUUUAAUGAGGACUUAGUUUGCCAGCACAACCUCCUUUCACCCACCAUUGGUUCCUGUAGGAUACCCAAAGUUCUUGCAACAGAGAUCACACAGCUGUGUGGAGAAUCUGUGCAUCCUGCAGUUUUCCAGGAUGACUUUUCAACCUGUCCUGAUUGUGGGGCAAAAUUAGAAGAGUCUGUCCGAGCUUGUGAUAGUGGGCGCCAACAGAAGAAGCAGCUGAGUAACCUGUUUCAAGAAAGAAAACGGCCACACCCCAUGCGUGACCCAGGGAAACAAGUGUAUGCCGUUUCAAGAGAGUUCGUGGUGAGGUGGAAGAGUUAUAUAAGGUCAUGCGAACGCGGCGACCUGGAAGUAUGUCCGCUCACCAAGCUGGAGAACUCCUCGCUCCUGUGCACCCACGGCCAGCUGCUCUUCCCCGUGUUCAGUCUCCAGCCGCAUCAGCUGUCCGAGUACCUGGUGCUGGUGUGGGAGGAAGAGUGGGAGAUCCUCAAAGCCAUUUACCCUCCCGAUCACGUCAUCACCGCUGUGUACAAUGAGUCGGCGAUCCUCACCACGGAGCCAGGAGUGUGUGAGAGCGGGUGCGUGGAGGUCAGGGCAGCGCAGGACUACGAGGACCAGUUUUCGUACGAGUGCGAGAUCAUCCACGUGCGCCAGGUGAACUCCGUCAGCGACAUCCCCAAGCGGAGCGGCAGGACCCGGGGGGGCGCCGCCACCCAGGCCGGGGCCAACGUACCUCCUGCCGCCGCCAACAACGAGAGCAUAGGCCCGCGGAAGAAGCCCCGACUGGCUGCUCAGAGCGGCUCCGGAGGCGCCGGGGCGGGCGGGGCGGGCUCGACGGGCGCCAGUAACAGCCAUCGCCUAGUGCGGGCGUCCAAGACCUUCUCGUCCAGUGACACCCUAGCGCGAGGUCCAGAACUUCAUCGCGGAGCGCACGGGGAUCUGGCCGAUGCUGCAGACGCUGUGGGUGUGCGGGGAGAGCCAGGAAGGCGACGACGGCCUCAUUCAGAUCACGGACGACCACCGCGCCAUGACCCUCAACGCCCUCAGGGUCAGGCCCGGAGACACCAUCUACUUCAGGGCUGCGGUGGAGGACAUGCAGCUGGCGGCGGGCGACGGCAUGGUGGAGUUCAACGAGAUGGAGGAGGACUGGUGAGGUGGAAGGGUGGCGUUGCACGUUCGUAGUGACGAGGGAACACGAGGAAGGAACAGCUGUGGGCUCUUGCCAACCUGGAUCGAACAGCGACCGUACCUGAACAAGCUCUUAGUAGUGAAGUUGCAGCACAAUCGCCACCACCUUUCUCGCAACGUCUUGCUUCCCGGAUUGUUUUCUCCCGCGACGCACAUGCACCUCUGAAGCUUUCUUCUCUUCCUCCUCCUCUCCAUCCUCUUCCUCCUUCUCCUCCUUCUCCUCCCACUUGUUGCUCUUCUUCCUUAUCUUCUACUACUACUGCUACUACACUUUCCUCUUCUCCAUGCCCACUACUCUAGCGAUCCACAUCCCCCUGAGAGAGCCCCGUCUUCCACCCCCUUUGUGUCCACCUCUUAGUGAUGGAAUAGUGGCAUCCCGAUCUUACCAACAGAUCACGAGCAAUGGGAAAUAUCCCAGAGCUUUCGUACUUCCCAAGCAUUUAUGUCUGCUCUCAUUUAUGUAUAGUUUGCAGACUUUUCUUCUUUUUCUUUCUCUUUUCUUUCUUUUAUGAAAUCAGUGGUGACUGCUACAAGCUUUCCGUUUCGUAUUUUUAAUAACCAAGAUAUGGGUUGAAUGUUCAAGACGACUGCUAACUCCGAAGUGAUUUCUGCAAGGAUUGGCAGUGUGGAGUCUUUCAGCUUGUGUCGUAGGCUUCCUUGUGGCAGUCCAAUGCUCUAGUUCAUUUCUUCGAUAAAUGCUUCGUUUUUUUAACAUAAGAUUUUGUAGAGUAAAUACUUUAUAUGUCAGUAUGUUCCUCUGUGGCAAAGGGAGUUUUCUUUCUUAAUAAAAAAACUGAGUUAGAAAAACAAUGUAUACAGUAUAUAUGAUUUUCAGCCAAUACAGUCUGCUGUGUUUUAGUUAAUCCUUUGGCUUCGGUAAGGGAAUUAAACCCCAGUCACUGACACUCGAUAUGUACCAACUGAAGCCUGUUAGCUAGUUCGUAAGCCUAGCACAGGGCAGUGGUUAGAGGGACCACUCUUGCAUGCCCGCAUUUGUGAUGUUCUCUUUUGUUUUUAUUUCAUUGUUUUAUUUUUUUCUAAGGACCUCUUCUUGGGAGAGAGGGCAGAAAGGGGAAGCACACGCAGCCCAGUUUUGUUAUGUGGUGCUAUGUACCACGCAUAUAUGUAAACAUUCUUAAGCACAUUUUUAUUAAGCAUUCUUCUCUCAGCGAUGUAGAUAAUUUUGGAGUUGUAUUUUUCUGCUUUUUCCGGCUUAAAAGUAUAUUUUGAUUUGUUAUGAUAGGAGAUCAGGUAUAUCCUGCAGAAGACGUGGUUGUUCUUCAGUUACCAGUGAGUUCGGUCGUUCGUCGUGUAUAUGUGUCGUUUCUUUUCGUGUCUGGUGAGAGAGUGAGUGUCUGUCUAUGCAUCUUGUUUGUUUGGAAGACUGAGAGAGAGUGGAUGAGUGUCUCAGUGUAUUUCAGUGUGUGUUUGUGUGUCAUUAUAUGUGAGUGAGUCUUUCAGAAAGACGUAGACCGUUUUCUUUUCCAUGCGUAUGUCUGUUUCUCAGUCUGUUCCAUUUGUCGAUGUAUUUGUCAGUCAUGUGUAUGUGAUUGUUUAGUUGUUUUUCAGCGACUGUGGAUUGUCUCUUUUGUCUCCUAAUUAUACUUUGUGUCACUUUAUGUAAUACUGGAAAAUCUGCGUGUCGUUUUAAUUAAAGUGCAUCCUUAAUGUCAGAUCUUAUAGGUUGUAUAGCUAUUCACCAUAGAACGUAGAUUCAGUUUGUAUUUAUUGCAUUUAAUCUACAGUGUUCUCCGGGAUUAAUAUAGAUUUUAUUAAUCCAUAUAGCAAGAAGAAAACAAAGGCUCCUUCACUUUAUUUUUACAUAAUCGGCUGAAUGUUUUUUGCAUAGAAUUGAUACCCUAUUUUUCUUCAAAUGUAUGAUUGGUACAAUUUAUUAAUAUUGUUAUGUACAGUUAUUAAGGCAAGUAAAAUUCCAGGUAUCAUGUGUAAGGCUUUAGACCUUAUGGAUACAACGAUACACCUAAUAAAAUCUGUCUGCCAAUCAA